AUGCCUGUAUGUUUUAGUACCUUUAAAAUAUGUGGUUAUAAUGAGAAAUAUAACACAAUAUUAUAUAGGGAACCUAUUUUAACAAGUGAAGAGUAUGUAAAGAAAUAUGUGAUAUUUUUUCCUGGUGAUUAUUCUUAUUUUUUUAGUAAUUCAGUAUAUACAUCAUUUAAAACGCAAUCAACAUGUGAAUGUACCAAUUAUUGUUAUAGUUAUGAAGCAUUAUUUUGGAUACUAUCACAGAGGUAUUUAUAUGAUUACAUUUUGUUUAUUAUCCCUAGUGAUUUUUCAAAUUAUUUUGCGACAUUUUCUAAUUUUUUAAAUCCGUGUGAUAUACCUUUAGAUAAUAAUCUAUAUGAACUGAAUAGGGAGAAUGAAAAUAAUUAUGAUGUAUUAAAUAUGGAAAAUAAAAUAAAUAAGAAAAGUGUCUCUUUUAUUAAAAAUGAAUACAUUAAUAGUAAUAUAAGAGCAAAAAGUAUAAAACAUUUACUGUGUUUAUUACUAUCAUUAAAUAAUGAGGUUUUACAUAAAGAUAUGCUAAAUGAAGGGAAUUUCCAUAAAAUAAUUAAUAAUGAAAAUAAUUAUAAUGAUAAUAAUGAUAAUAAUAAUAAUGAUAACAGUAAUAAUGAUAAUAAUAAUAAUUAUUAUUACAUUUGUUGUGAUAAACCAUUGAUUAAUUAUUUAGGUAACGAAUUGAAGACGGAAAAAAAUAUAUAUUCGAAAGAAAGAAAGAAUAAUAUAUUUAUGAAAAAUAUAAUAAAAAACAAAUUAGUAUUAAUAGGAUUUAGUAAAGGAUGUAGUGUAUUAUUUUCAUUGUUAAGAGAAUCACAUGAAGGACCUUUUUUUUGGUCUUAUGUUGAUUCUAUCAUAUUCUUAGACCCAGGGUUUAAUAAAAAUAUUUAUAACAUAAAUAUAGAAAAAAAUGCAUUAGAAAAAUUAUCACAACAUAAAUUGAAAAUUAGUGUUCAUUGUACACCUAAUCAGAUAAUGGAUAAUACAAGUAUGAAUAUUCAUGAAGAAUAUAUACAUUUUGUUAAAAUAUUAAAAGAUAUUCAUAUAUAUAUUAGUACGUAUAUAUAUUAUAUAAAUGUAGAUAAAGGAUUGAACCCUUUAACUUUACAUUAUGAAAUCUUGAUUGAUUAUUCUGAAGAAUUUUCUAACAUCUGUGAGGAGGAAAGUACACCUUUAAUAGUAAAUGGUGUUCAUGUGAGUGAAAUACAAUAUUGUAAAAGGGAAAAGCAUUUAAAAGAUUUUUUUUUCGAUAAAUGGAAAAAACAUUCAUGGAUAAUAGACACAAUGUUAUAA